GAUGUUUCCAAGUUUUGGAAAAGCAAGUGGUCGCGGCUACGUUUGGAGUCGCAGCCACCGUGGAGCACCUACGUGUGACCGAGCCGCGCUAUGGUCCGGAGGGGUGGGGACGAAGGCUGCAUUCAUGAGUCUCUGCGCCUCACUUCCUGUUGGUGAAACUGCGCGGACCGAAAUCCGUGUGGAGUAUCAGGAGAGGAGGCACGACUUUUGGAGAACUGCCUGCCCUCCCGGAGGCUCCAGGGGUCUUUCUUUAGCUUCAGGAUCUCCUGCUGUGUGGUGCUUGGCUGACCAGUGAGGACACUCCGACAUGGAGGACGCCUCGUCACUGCGUAAAAUAAGCAGCUCAUCGGACUCGGUGUCCACCGCCAACAGUGAAGAGUUUGUGCUGGUGCCCCAGGACUCGCCAUCCACCGCGGACAGACAGCCUCACCUGAAGAUCAUUUCAAAUGGUGAUGAGCAGCUGGAGAAGGCGAUGGAGGAGAUCCUGCUGGACCAGACGGAGAAAGCGGACAGUUCAACUGGUCAGUCGGCGGUGGAGCCCACUUCCACUCCCUGGCACAAAGCGCCCCUCCACUUAGUCCUGGUGGACCCAUCUCAGACCGACUCUGCAGCCUUCUUGGCCGAGUCCCCCACAGCCUGUGAGGAAGACAGCGUGCUCUUCAACAAGCUCGCCUAUCUGGGCUGCAUGAACGUGCAGGCGCCACGCAGCGAAGCGGAGGCCCACAAAGCCAUGGCGGCUCUCCGGCUGAACAGUGCUGUUCCUCUGCCCGUCACCCUCUAUGUGCCAAGCGUGGCGGAGGGCUCCGUGCGAAUUAAAGAUGAAGCGUCCAACACGGAGAUCGCAUCCUUCCCCAUCUAUAAAGUUUUAUUCUGCGUCCGAGGCCACGAUGGCACCCCUGAGAGUAACUACUUUGCCUUCACUGAGAGCUACCGCAGCCCAGAGGAGUUCCAGAUCCACGUCUUCAGCUGUGAGAUUAAGGAAGCGGUCAGCCGAAUCCUGUACAGUUUCUCCACUGCCUUCCGCCGAUCCUCGAGGCCCGCGCCCGACGUCAAGGACUCUUCGCUGCCAACCCCGGGAAGUGAUGUCUUCACCUUCAACGUGUCUGUGGAGGUCAAGGAGGAUGAUGGGAAAGGUAACUUCAGCCCUGUCCCAAAAGACCGAGACAAGUUCUACUUUAAACUGCGCCAGGGGGUAGAGAAGAAGGUGACUAUCACAGUCCAGCAGAUCACCAACAAGGAGCUGGCGAUCGAACGGUGUUUCGGCAUGCUCCUCAGUCCUGGUCAAAACGUUCGCAACAGCGACAUGCAUCUUCUGGACAUGGAGUCCAUGGGAAAAAGUUCUGAUGGCAAAGCUUAUGUUAUUACGGGCACCUGGAACCCCAACAUGCCAACCUUCCAGUUACUGAAUGAGGAAACCUCAAAAGAUAAGAGGAUGCACAUGACGGUGGCCAUUGACCUGGUCGUCACUGAGGUGGUGGAGCCCGUUCGCUUUCUCAUGGAGGCGUCUGUCCGAGUGUACCCUUCUAACGAGAGGUUCUGGUACUUUAGCAGAAAAACGUUCACGGAGACCUUCUACUUAAAACUGAGGCAGGCCGAAGGAAAAUGCAGUCAGGCGUCGAGCGAUGCGAUUUAUGAGGUGGUCAGUCUACAAAAACAAGCGGACCUAGAUAAGGGUCCAAGCAGCCCCUCUGCGGGAGGAGGUGGGGCACCAAUGUCCCCCACCGAAGAUGACGAGGCAGAUGAAGACAGCGACAGUGAGAUUUCCAGUGGCACUGGGGACGUGUCCAAAGACUGCCCAGAGAAGAUCCUGGAGUCCUGGGGUGGACUGCUCUGCAGAUGGCACAACAACCUAAGCUGCCGGCCCAAAGGCCUUAGUAGGCUGGUGAAGAAUGGCAUCCCAGAGGCACUGAGGGCAGAGGUGUGGCAGCUGCUGGCCAACUGUCACGAUAGCGAGGCCAUGCUGGACAACUACCGCGUCCUCAUCACCAAAGAUUCUGCCCAGGAAGGUGUCAUCACGCGUGACAUCCACCGCACGUUCCCUGCGCAUGACUACUUCAAGGACACGGGCGGAGACGGGCAGGACUCGCUCUACAAGAUCUGUAAGGCAUAUUCUGUCUACGAUGAGGAAAUUGGGUACUGCCAAGGCCAGUCCUUCCUGGCUGCUGUCCUUCUGCUCCAUAUGCCAGAGGAGCAGGCCUUCUGUGUUCUUGUCAAGGUGAUGUACGACUACGGCCUGCGCAACCUCUACAGGAACAACUUUGAGGACCUGCACUGCAAGUUCUACCAGCUGGAGCGGCUGCUUCAGGAGCAGCUGCCCGACCUGUAUGCCCACUUUGUGGCACUCAACCUGGAGGCUCACAUGUAUGCCUCCCAGUGGUUCCUCACCCUCUUCACGGCCAAGUUUCCCCUCUGUAUGGUCUUCCACAUCAUCGACCUGCUGCUCUGUGAGGGUAUGAACAUCAUCUUCAAUGUGGCACUGGCUCUUCUCAAGACAUCAAAAGAGGACCUGCUGCAGGCGGACUUCGAGGGAGCGCUGAAGUUCUUCCGCGUCCAGCUGCCAAAGCGAUACCGUGCUGAAGAGAAUGCCCGUCGGCUCAUGGAACAGGCGUGCAACAUCAAAGUGCCUACAAAAAAGCUCAAGAAAUAUGAGCGGGAGUAUCAGGCCAUGCGGGACAGCCAGCUGCAGCAGGAGGACCCCAUUGACAGAUACAAGUUUGUCUGUCUUUAGACGCGCUGACCCAGCAGAUUAUGGCGAUGUCCGGGCUUUGCGACUGACUGCAUUGCAUCGUGUUGGUGCCGCACGUCGGCCUCCUUUUAGUAAACUGUAGCUUUCCUGUACUGGGGAGGCUGUGAAUGCCACUCGGGGGGCCGCUUUGAUAGGCCAGGCCAGGUCGCACACAACACAAGCACGCGAGUCCCCCUUUGGCCCCCUCGUCAUCUGAGGAGGCACAGGGUCGAGUUAGGGGGCCUGUUUGUGUUGAGCUCUCGACCACCGACGUCAAGGGAACACACAAACGGUUCUGGGGUCUGCCCAACAAACGGGCUUGUCAGUAGAUACGCAGCCACGUCUUGGCGACGGCGGGCUUAAGAAGGGGCAUUUGUUUGGCCCGACGACGUUCUGAACAGUUACUCGAGCAAAAGAAGGUGUGAGCAGCGGAGUGGGGCUUUGGACUCCAGUUACGUUCGACGGACCGCAUGACCACCCAAGAAGGGAUGAGCGCGUGGUGUUAAAACCGGGAUGACUUGGUCCUCUGAGCGCCGUGUCCAGGCCUGAGGGUCGUCCGAAUCGCGCCACCCGUCAGGUGAAACUCCCCAAACGAGGCCCUGGCAGUUUCAUAUCGGAGGAAGCGAGUGCAGGGGAGUCAACCCCAGGCCUGCAGGUCUUUCAGUUUGAAUGCAAUUGUGGUCCACCCCCGUAAUAGGCCUGUUUGUAAAGAUUCAGUUGGGGGGCUUCAGACUCGUUCUGGUGACCUGAGAGCUCAGCCUUACUGAGACCUUCACCUUUAUUUUCAGAUAGCGUGAGCUGGUCACAUGGCGGCUCGUUCUUGUUUGGCUGUUAAUUAGGGAGAAAGGAACCACUAAGGGGGUCCGAGUCAAGUUAAUUCAAAUUGAGACGAAAGACCAAAAGUGGUCACGAAUUAAGAAGACGGUUUGAAUGAAAGCCUGCAGCCUCUGUGGCCCUCCAGGAGCCUUGGUGGUCUCGUGUGACCAACUCGGUCCUGGGGACCCCCUGGGGACCCCCUGUGGCUGCAGGUUUGUGUUCCAAGCACAUUCGGAAUGCGUGACGGCACUCGUCUCAUUUAAUUAGCUGCUAUUUUUUCCUUUGAUUCGACAUUCAGGAAAGCCCAGCCACGUGAUUUGUACGUUUGUAAGAAAUCUCUGCGUUUGCUGGAGAUGUAAAAGCUCAGCUCUCGUUUUAUUCUGCCUUUCUCUGUGCAGUGCAGUUGUGUCGUAAUAACGCGCCGAUGAGACUGGCAGGCAGGCAGGCAGGCAGACAGGCGGGCAACGCUGAAUAAUCGACUACCUUAGAGUCCGACCCCUCAGUAGUAAAUAAUGGAUUCAUGAAACAAUUCGAACAGCAAGACAAGUGACUGAAAAUGAAAAUCGAGAUGAAAGACUUGAAAAGAAAACCAAAUGUCCUACUGAACUGCUUGGCACUUUUUAAUAUUUUUUUAGCACUCAAACUUUCUUUUCUAAUUUCUAUUUUGUUCAGCUUGUUCCCUAAACACACAAAUAUCCGUUGACUUACUCAGCCCAGGCUGCAGCCCCAGGGGGUCCCCAGGGGGUCCCCAGGGCCGAGUUUGGGAGACGCUGCUGUAAAGCGAGGGCCCACCGUGGGCUGGCAAUGCAGUGCACCUUCCUGAAGUGUUCAGGUGGCGGGCAGCGGGUGUUGUGUGCUGCAUGACUGACCUUUCUGAGCUGGCACUCGUGUUGGCAUUAAUGGUGCAAGUGGUCUGCUCAUCCUGCUCCUUUUUGAGGUGGAUUGACGCACAUCUCCCCAAUAAAGAAGAGCUUCAGGAAGUGUGGCCGGCCGUGUGCUAGUUGGGUCUUCAAAACGUUUUCUUGCGAGGCGUAAUAAUUUUCGUUUCAGAAUUCCUCGUUCAUUCACGACCAACUAGAGGUGGCACCUUAUAAAAUACUGCGGACUUUUCUGGCAGCGCAUGUGGGAUUUUGAAACUUGACUUAUUACGGCUCCCGCGGCCACAUUUGAAAUGACCCAGCAGGGGGCGCCAACGCAGCACACGCACUUGCAGUCGGCAAACGCCUCCUUCACUUCGUGGCUCCAUGCUGGUGAAUACGAGGAGGAUGGAUGUCUCCGCUCCAAAUGCCAGCAGGGAUGGGCAACCAUCGCCACCACCGACCGACCGACCGCCUCCUCCAUCUCCUGCUCUUGCGUCUUUAGAAUCGAAAGGCACCCUCAGGCUGAGGCCCACCGUGGAGGAGCUCACAUUGAAGUGCCAGGGGUGGUGCCACUUUUGUGUCUACAGAUGGAGCGGAAAUGUGGAGGCCAUUUAAACCUGUGGGCAGGGGGGCGGCUGUGCACCUGUGCUGUGCACCUGUGCUGUGCACCUGUGCAGUGCACCUGUGCAGUGCUUGUGUCGUUUACACCUCCUGUACUGGCACUGGGGCUGGCACUGGGGCACUCGGCUAAGGUUAAUGGCCGCGUUGUACAAGUGGAGUGAAAGCUGUGAUCCAUUGAGGGGUGUGUUCAUGUACUGUACAUCAUUUGUUAAAUGAAUAAAUUAUUAUUUUGUA